AUGACGCGCACCGUUGUUUACCGCACGGCGUUGGUUGCUUUGGUUGCGGCAACGGCCCUGACCCUAACCUCGAUCGUCUCCCCCAAAUGGGUCUCGCUCACGGUCCCCUCGCCGUCGGGCGGGACGGUCACCGACACGAUCGGGCUGCACCGGCGGUGCGCGUCGUCGACGGGGUCGUGCACCCCCUUCCCGGAGGAGUCGCGCUGCGACGACGACCGGUCCUUCUGCUCCAUGUGGCGCACCACGGGCUUCCUGAUGAGCUUCGCCGUCGUCGCCGAGCUCGCCACCCUCGUCGGCUUCCUCGUCAUCCUGGCCGGCGGCCGCAUCAAGAGGGAGGGCGGCUGGAAGGUCCUGGGCGGACUGCUGACUGUGGUGGCGGCGGCGCAGUUCGUGGGUAUGGCGGUGGUGGCAUACUUGUUCGAUUAUGAUGACUUGUUCCUGGUCCCCGGAUACAGGCUGGACUCAUCGUGGUACUUGUGCACGAUCAGCGCGAGUGCUGCGCUGCUGGCUGGUGUUGGGCUGGCCAUCUCGGCGCUUGUGCUGCCGCCCGAGGAUGGGUACGCGCAGUUGCUGAACGACUCCAACGGCGUGUAG